ACGCGAAAAGGGAAGCAAGCGAAGUUGACAUUUUCUAGACAAACAAAUCGAUAUUAAAGUUACUACCAAGGAGGAGAAAAGUCUUUAACGCAAUUUUGUAUUUAUUUUUAACUUAUAUAGUAUUAAAAAUUAUAUAUAGUUACAAAUUUACAAGUUAACAACAUUAGCAAAAGGGCAGAUAAUCCUACAACAUGAACAACAAAGCAAAUAAUGGUUAUCCAUACGAUGCGGCUCAACAAGGCGCAUAUCAGCAAUAUGUGAACAGCCAAAUUCCAGCGCACGCACAGCUACCCCCAUCGUACAACUCCGUGGUAACUAGCAUGACACCAGCUGGUUAUCCACCAUACCCGCCGGGGAUUGUUCACCAGCAACCGUUCUAUACCAACAGCUGGAGCGUGAAUCCGUCCGCACAGCAGGCCGCCCCGAUGCAGUUUGCUCCUCAUCAUCUUCCCCCGCCGCCACCGUACGCCGCUGCCACACAGCAGGCUGCCGUUGCGGCCCUCCAAGCUCAAUCCGUACACCAGACGAUGUAUCAAUAUCCGAUCGCCACUCAACAACAAGCGCAACAACCACAAGUGUAUCAGACGCCAAUGUACCAGGUGCAGGGUACGAUGUAUGACGCCGGUGCUCGCUUUGGUAAGAGUGGAGGAGCGGCCACAAUUCCUCCGCCACCACCCGGAAUCGCCCCCAACCCAGCCCAGAUAGCCGCGAUGCAAGGCCAGCAAGUUGUGAUGACCAAAAAGAAGAACAACUUCGUGCACGGUGGCAAUGGAGCUGGAUUUACAUUCUGGUAAAUUGUAGCCUUUACGGGCUCCAGGUGAACGCAAAUCAUUGUUUGCGCUGCUCAGUGGAUCCACACACAAAAAACCCACUUAUCCAGUGAUGCCGUAUUUCUCUAGUAUUGAUUGGUUCAUGUAGAAGUAGCCCCCGAUCAGUUUAUUUACACCUGGCAGUUAAUAUAUUUUUGUUCCUCACUGCCAGGAAAAAAUGCCAUUGAUAAGUUUCGAUUUUUAGUCAAAAAUAAUUGAUUAUUUGUUCUCCGUUGUUCCUUUCCAUUUUUUUUUAUUAGAUUAUACAUUUUGACCCCAUUUAUAAUGCAAAUAUAAACAAUAAAUUUCUGAAAUGCAAACGCAGCGAAUUGUAACGAAUUGUGUACGUCGACGACGAAGUUAGUUGAUGCAGAAAAAAAAGUACUACUACUACAACACAAAAAGGAGUUAUUGAAUAAUUAUUAACCAUGGUAAGAUGAUAAACAAAAACGAUCGGCAAAACGACCAUUUAGAAGGUCGAAGACAGUUACAAUGUACCAAUUUAACGAGAAUGCAGCAGUUAUCAAUUAAAUUCGAAUAAUAUAGCACAAUAUUAUUCACCUAAAAAGAAAACUAGUACCAGCUGACAGAACAAAAAAAAAGCUAACCAAUAUCCUACUUAUAUUGA